AUGUCUGUUCAAGUUUCACUUGCAUCGGAUCAACCUCAAAUCCCUAAGGCCACUCCUAAUGAUAUUAAUCGCCGUUCUGCUAAUUUUUCUCCGAGCGUUUGGGGAUCUCAUUUUCUGUCAUAUGCUUUUGUGGAAACAAGCAUCAAAGCUAAGCAACGUGCCCAAGAACUGAAGGAAAAGGUGAAGAUGAUCUUAAUGGCUCCAGUUAAAAAGCCUUCACAAAAAUUGGACUUGAUUCGGGACAUUCAGCACUUAGGUGUUUCUCACCAUUUUGAAAAUGAGAUUGAGGAACUUCUGCAGAAAAUUCACAACAGCUCCCAUGAUAGUACUGAGCCUGGGGACCAAGAAACUGAUAAUGAGCUUUACACUGCAGCGCUCCGAUUUCGAUUACUCAGACAACAAGGUUAUAAUAUUUCGUGCGAUAUAUUCAAUAAUUUCAGGGACAGUGAUGGGAAAUUUAAAGAAUCCCUGGUGAAUGACGUAUUAGGACUUUUAAGCUUGUACGAAGCCACACAUCUUAGGAACCACGGAGAGCAUAUACUUGAUGAGGCCUUAAUCUUCACCACCACUCAUCUUGAAUCUGCAACGCACCGUUUAAGUCCCAUACUUUCGAAACAAGUCACUCAUGCCAUGUACCAGCCAUUCUGGAAGGGCUUGCCAAGGCUAGAAACAAGACAUUACAUGUCUCUCUAUCAGGAAAGCGAUUCACAGAACGAGACUCUCUUGAAUUUCGCAAAGCUAGAUUUCAAUCUACUGCAACAAGUUCAUCAAAGAGAACUAAGUGAAGUUUCAAGGUGGUGGAAGGACUUAGACUUUGUAAACACGCUACCUUUUGCAAGAGACAGAGUAGUUGAGAGCUACUUUUGGGCUUCUGGAGUACACUUUGAGCCUCAAUAUUACUCUGCUAGGAUAACACUACGCAAAGUUAUUGCUUUGAUAACCAUCAUUGAUGACAUCUACGAUGUGCACGGCACACAUGAGGAACUAGAGCUCUUUACUGAAGCUGUUGAAAGGUGGGACAUCUCUGCUAUGGAUCAUCUGCCAGAGUACAUGAAAGUUUGCCAUCAAGCACUAUUGGAUGUUUACGUUGAAAUUGAAGAAAAUCUUGCAAAUGAGGGAAACUUAUAUAGCAUCCACUACGCAAGAGAAGCAGUGAGCCUUUCAUGCCCAUAA